AGACUCAGCCAAACCCCAAGCUUUUCUGGAGAAAUCCAUCUACUACUUUGUUUUUCUUCAUAUCCCCAUAAACAGAAAGCUUCUUCAAUUCUUGAAUCCUGUUUGUAGUUCAAAACCCAAGAGAAAACAAUGGUUGGGACUACUUUCAGGGACUGGUGUCGUUAUUUUCAGUACAAGGAAGGUGCAAACGAGGAGGACAGGGAUAAGAAUAGAGCCGACGCCCGCAACGCUCUCUUGGUAGUUGCCACCCUAAUAGCUACCGUGACCUUCCAAGAUGGGGUUAACCCCCCUGGCGGUGUAUGGCAGGACAACGAGGACAACCAAACAGCAGUCGCUGCAAACCCCCCUGUCGCUGUAUGGCAGGAUACCAAGGACCGUAUACCAGGCACUGCUAUCUUUGCAUCUGACUCAUCAGCCUACUACGUUUUCUUGACAUCAAACACCCUAGCCUUUUCAGCAGCGGUACUUGUCAUUAUGUCUCUCACGCAUAAUUUUCCUUUCAAGUUUGAAGUAAGGGUUGCCUGCGUUUCAAUGAUUAUAACUUAUGGAUCUGCAAUCUUUGCUGUUACCCGGGAUGGAGACAAAUUUCAACUCGCCUUGAUCAUAGCUGCUGCGCCUUUAAUUUUGCGGUGCUUGAUCCAGCUGUUGGUUAAGUUGGUAAACAGGAAACCUGAGCCUCCAUGCUUGAUCCAGGCAUUUGUCGGACCUAGGAACAAGACAGCAGAGCCCCCAAAAGACCAGACCCAGCAAGCGAAACCUUAGGUGGAUGGCUUUCACUCUCAACUCCUAGAAGGUGGGAGCCUGAAUAAUCUAGAACUCAAGCUAUGUAUAUAUAUUUACGGGAUGUGGACGUAGGGUAUGUAUCCAAGAUUUGCCGGUUUCUCAUGAUAAGAUUAAAAAUAGAAAAAAAAAUCUUUGAAAAAUAAAUAAUUAAAAAUAGCUUUGUAUCAAAUUAAUACUAGUAUUUGUGAGUUUGUCUUCCUAAGAGAUGUAAAAUUAAGUUUGUAUGAUAAGUAAAUAAAGUGUGUAAUUUUGUAUGUUC